CAGACUUGCUGUUAUAUAUGGGUUUCCAGCAUUUACUGGAAGCAGAGGAGAAAGUUUCCUGAAAAGCACAGCUGCCUGAAUGCCUGCAGCCUUUAGGCACAGCUGAGAACUAUACUGCAAUCAUGAGUGAGGCCACUAAAGAUUCCCUGGAGAGACACCUACAGCAAUUAAAAUGUCAUUUCACCUGGAACUUGAUAGGGGACAAGUCCCUGGAUGAGUUUGAGGAUGCAGUGUUGCACAAGGACCAGUUUCAGAACAGUGAAUUCAAAGCCACUAUGCUUAACAUAUCGGCCUACAUAAAGCACCUCAGAGGCCAAAACAAGGCGGCCCUGGACUGCUUGAAGCAGGCUGAGGAGGUCAUCCAGCGAGAGCACGCUGGCCAAGCCAAGCUCCGAAGUCUGGUCACGUGGGGGAACUAUGCCUGGAUCUACUACCACAUGGGCCAGGUCGAAGAUGCUCAGGCUUACCUGGACAAGGUGAAACAGGUCUGUGAGGAGUUUUCUAGUCCCUAUAGGCUUGAGAGCCCUGAGCUCCACGGUGAAGAAGGGUGGGCGCGGCUAAAGUGUACAACAAAGCAAAAUGAAAGGGCAAAGGUGUGUUUUGAGAAGGCUUUGGAGAAGAAACCGAAAGACCCAGAGUUCACCUCCGGCUGGGCCAUUGCAAGCUCCCGCCUGGACCGCUGGCCAGUGUCACAGGACCCCACUGACCCUCUGAGGAAAGCCAUCAGACUAAAUCCUAACAACCAGUAUAUUAAAAUUCUCUUGGCUCUGAAAUUUCAAAAGGAGGAGCAAGAGGAUGAAGGAGAGAGGCUAGUUGAAGAAGCCUUAAACAAAGCCCCAGAUGCAACAGAUGUACUGCACAGUGCAGCGUGGUUUUAUCGGAAUAAACAUGCCUGGGACAAAGCCAUAAAUCAGCUUAGAAAGGCUUUAAAAAUCCUGCCACAUAACCACUACUUGCAUUACCAGAUUGGGUCCUGCUAUAAGUCACAGUUCCUCCAAUUAAAGAACAUGGGAGAUAAUGAAAUAUAUGGGAAAAGAGAGAAGUUACUAGAACAAGUAGAGCUGGCUGUGAAGCAUUUAGAGGAAGCCAAGAAGAACAAUGUGAAUUUCCCCAGCAUCUUUUCCACUAUUGCUGGUAUCUAUGCCCACGCAGGUGACCAUGAGAAAGCAGAGAGUUACUUCCAAAAGGAAUUCAGCCAGGAGCUCAGUCCUGUAGCUAAACAAGUGCUCCACCUGCAGUAUGGCAAUUUUCAGCUGUAUCAAAUGAAAUGUGAAGACAAGGCCAUCCAGCAUUUUAUAGAGGGAGUAAAAAUCAACGUGGAAUCAAACGAGAGUUUGGCAAAGAUGAAAUCCAAACUGCAAAGAAUUGCCAAAAAACGACUUUCUAAAAAUGAAGCAGAUUCUGAAGCUUUGACUCUCCUAGCAUUUCUUCAAGAGCUGAGUGGAGAAACACAACAAAGAGACAAAGACUUGAAAAGAGAUUUGGACUCGAAACUUCAUCGCUUCAGCGCCUCUAGAUUAGCAAAGAAUGAGGAAUAGGAACACAGUGCCCACAGAGCUCCUGCCUGAAGGGGCGGAAGUCCUUCCCCCAAGUUGGUGUCUAAAAUACAUGAACAACUGAUCUGGCCUAAGCGCGGACUAAGGCACUGGCCCUGCAGCACCUGGGCUUAACUGAUGCUUCACCUCUGUAGUAUCUUUCCAUCUGUGGAGUCAUUCUAGGUUCUGUACAGGUGCCUUUGCAUGGAAGUAAGGUGCUGUGUUCAUGAUAAUCCUGAGAGAUCAAAGGCAUCAAUAUACUGCCUACCUGCCUGCCUCUCUCUCUCUCUCUCUCUCUCUCUCUCUCUCUCUCUCUCUCUCUCUCUCCCUCU